UCGACGUCGACAAAGGUUUCGAUUAGAGUGCAUCUGAGAGUACAUUUUCCGCAUCGUACAAGUGCAUCGUAUAAAUGGCCGUCGUAAAAAAAAUAGCGUAAUUGCAACAACAAUAGGAAUACAUUUCUAAAUUUGGCCUUUCGCGAAUCUCCCGGUCGUCGUGUGUGCGUGAAGAAAAAAAAUUCCCAGCGAUGUUGUCGAUGGACGGCAUCUGUAACGGCAACAACGUCCACUAUGAGGUUAAAUCUGUCAACCAUCUCGUUAAUUGAAAGAAAAAAUUGACAGGGACACAGAAUGAGCUAUUCCGAAAUGACCUUGAAGACCUCGUACGGCGAAAGCGCGAAAUUCAAGAUUCAGAUAUAUAAAUAUAAAAAGGAAAAAGACAAAAAAUUAAUAAAUGCACAACGCAUAGAUGCACCACAUACCCACUGAUGCAAUUGACAUAUAUUGAACAUUUAUCAAUAUAAAUAUAAAAAAUAUCAAAAUUUAUCGUGACAGUGCUACAUUAUUAUAUGUUUUAUUUAAAUACUCUUUAUUUCUUUUCUCCUAAAAGAGUUUAAGAACCUGUAUAUGUUUAUUUUAUUUUAAACAUAGAAAGGAACUCGUAAGGAUAAAGCAGGAAAAGAAAUCUGAAGAAUAUAUAGGAGAGUCUUUAGGUUUAGCUAGACCUAUCGAAUGGACUUACACAAUGAGAAGAUAUAUGCAGGAGGUAGUACCUGGUGUAUUUCUUGGCCCAUACAGUGCUGCUAGUCGCUCAAAUUUUCAAUCUUUGCUGGAUAAUAGAAUAACACAUAUAAUUUGCAUCAGACAAGCUAUUGAAGCAAAUCUUAUAAAACCCAACUUUCCGCAUAACUUCAAAUAUCUAGUAUUGGACAUUGCGGACACAGUGACGGAAAGUAUCAUUCAGCACUUCAAGAAGGUAAAAGUAUUCAUUGACGAAAGUUUGAAUUCAAACGGAAGAGUUUUGGUUCACGGAAAUGCUGGUAUUUCAAGAUCAGCUGCCUUGGUUUUGGCAUACGUUAUGGAAACAUAUGGAAUUUCUCACAUGGAAGCAUACCUAAUAGUGCAACAGCGAAGAUUUUGUAUAAAUCCAAAUGAUGGCUUUAUGAUGCAACUGAGAGAGUAUGAACCUAUCUAUAAGGCUGAGAAGAUGUUGAAACGUAGUCAACAAAACCGGGAAGGUCAACAUAGGAAACGAACAAUUUAUCAAAUGGACGCGAAUAAUCAACAAGAAAGGAUGGGAGAUGUGAUUAACAGUUAAUAAUAAUUGGAGCAGGGAGCAAAUCAAAAUUAUCAAAAUUUGUCAAACUGUCAUUUGUCAAAAUUGAAUCAAACUAACCAAAUUUACUUUUCUUUUUAACCGCGCUUCAUGCAAUCAAUUUUCCUGUACUACUCUUUUAAAAAUCGUAAAUGUAUGUAUAGUAUUUCAAAAAAAAGAGUAAAAUUUGGGAACUAAAUCCAAACCCCAAUAUUUUGGUAAACACCAAUAUUUUAACCAGCAUUUUAAUCACAAUGACUAACAUUUGACUCGAUGACAGUCUAAUCGAAUUGAUUAGACUAUUAAAUUAUCUUGUGAAAUAUAUCAAAAAUAUUUUUUUUUCAUGUAGUUUUUUCGUUUCUGAUGUCAUAAUUUUGACUAACGACGUUUCAAGAUAGUCCUAGAAUGAAUUAUCUUAGUUUACCAUUAUAAAUUUUAGCUAUCUAAAUAUAGAAAAUACCUAAUAAAAAUCUGAUAAAGAAAAUAGAUAUCCAAAGGUUAAUAUGUCAAAGUAAUAUGUAAUAGGUACUCUAUGCUCUAUUUUUUAUUUGUGAAGAUCCUCGAUUGUUUGUAACUAUUGUUAAAAAAAGACAUUUGGAAAAUAUACAUGUAUACAUAUUAUAAAUC